UGAUUAGCUGCUACAGACCCACCCCCUCGCCGGUUAGCGGGGAGGCGAAGCCUGGAUUGGUGGAGCUGGAAGAGCCGGCUCAGUUGUAUCUCUCGUUCCUGGUACAGGGCUGAGAUGGCGUCUGCGACUUGGCUGCUGGGGCGGCGUGUGGCGAGCUGGAAGCUGUCGCCGCCGCUUGCCGGCUUCGUUUCCCAGCGGGCCCACUCGCUUUUGCCUGUAGACGAUACAAUCAACGGGCUAAGCGAGGAGCAGAAGCAGCUUCGUCAGACCAUGGCUAAGUUCCUUCAGGAGCACCUGGCCCCCAAGGCCCAGGAGAUUGAUCGCAGCAAUGAGUUCAAGAACCUGCGAGAGUUUUGGAAGCAGCUGGGGAACCUGGGCGUAUUGGGCAUCACAGCUCCCGUUCAUUAUGGCGGCUCUGGCCUGGGCUACCUGGAGCAUGUGCUGGUGAUGGAGGAGAUAUCCCGAGCGUCUGGAGCAGUGGGGCUCAGUUACGGUGCCCACUCCAACCUUUGCAUCAAUCAGCUUGUGCGCAAUGGGAAUGAGGCCCAGAAAGAGAAGUAUCUUCCCAAGCUGAUCAGUGGUGAGUACAUUGGAGCCCUGGCCAUGAGUGAGCCCAAUGCAGGCUCUGACGUUGUCUCUAUGAAGCUCAAAGCAGAAAAGAAAGGAGAUCACUACAUCCUGAAUGGCAACAAGUUCUGGAUCACUAAUGGCCCUGAUGCUGACGUCCUGAUUGUCUAUGCCAAGACAGAUCUGGCUGCUGUGCCGGCUUCUCGGGGCAUCACGGCCUUCAUUGUGGAGAAGGGUAUGCCUGGCUUUAGUACCUCUAAGAAGCUGGACAAGCUGGGGAUGAGGGGCUCUAACACCUGUGAGCUCAUCUUUGAAGACUGCAAGGUUCCUGCUGCCAACAUCCUGGGCCAUCAGAAUAAGGGAGUCUACGUGCUGAUGAGUGGGCUGGACCUGGAGCGGCUGGUGCUGGCCGGGGGGCCUCUUGGGCUCAUGCAAGCGGUCCUGGACCACACCAUUCCCUACCUGCACGUGAGGGAAGCCUUUGGCCAGAAGAUUGGCCACUUCCAGUUGAUGCAGGGGAAGAUGGCUGACAUGUACACCCGCCUCAUGGCGUGUCGGCAGUAUGUCUACAAUGUCGCCAAGGCCUGCGAUGAGGGCCACUGCACUGCCAAGGACUGUGCAGGUGUGAUUCUUUACUCAGCUGAGUGUGCCACACAGGUAGCCCUGGACGGCAUUCAGUGUUUUGGUGGCAAUGGCUACAUCAAUGACUUUCCCAUGGGCCGCUUUCUUCGAGAUGCCAAGCUGUAUGAGAUAGGGGCUGGAACCAGUGAGGUGAGGCGGCUGGUCAUCGGCAGAGCCUUCAAUGCGGACUUUGACUAGUCCCAAGACCCCCUUUCCCUGCACCUAGAGGCCUUUCUUGGGAAGUAGAGAUGUGGCAGCUCUCCCACCCUGGCCACAGCAGGCCCUCCUGCCCAGCUGCUCUUCUUGCGUCAACCCUCUGGCCUCUGGAUGAGGUUGCAUUCUACAACGUUCUACAUAACGGCUGCCAAGCACAUGGGCCUCACAGCCAGGCCAGUGCCAGGACUAGUGUUCUGUAAUUUAAAAUGGACUCAGCAGGAAGCAUAUUGUCGGGGGAUUGUUCGGAUGGGCUUUGGUGACUCUGUGCCCUUGCUCUCUAACUUCCGAUCCCACCUCCCAGAGUAGGCAUCUAGGGGCAUGCAGGUACCCACCUCUUCCUCUUGGGUGAGGCCUCUGACAGGGAGAUCUCUCUGCUCAAGCACAGCAGAAUCAUGGCCCCCUCCAUGUUCUAGAACUGGGUACAGGUUGAAUAUCCCUAAUCCUGAAAUUGGAGACAGUUCUGGUUCCAAGCAUUUUGGAUAAGCCAUACUUAACUUGCAGUCUGUUUUCUGGGAGAAAAAAAAAUACAAAAAGCCUAGCUCAGCCAGGCA